UGUUGUCUUCUUCCCCUACUCUUGUUUUUGUUUUUGCAGAAUAUCUAAUCCUGAAUCCAUUUUCUGAGGAACUGGAAGACCAUAAACCCUAGUCCACCAUUAACGUCCUUUAACCAGCUCCAACUUGAGCUAUCUCCUACUCUAUUUUUCAUAAGGGGGCUGUGACUUUAUAGCCAUUUUUUCUUAUCUGCAUUUCUUCUGGCAAUGAAGGUCUCCGUUAGAGCCUCUUCCUCUCUGUACCAAGUUCCCCUUUGCUUUAUCAAUGGAGGUGCAUCUUCUAUUCUGAGAAAUACCUCAAACCCACCAGCUGUUUCCUUCAGCUCUACAGCUCACUCAUUCUCAGCUUGUGGCUUUUGCAGAAUGAUUCCUCAUAAUAAAAUUACAAGGAACAGAGAAAUGUUAUUGGCAAUGUGCAACUCCUGUGUAACUAGAUUCUAUGGCACUCACAGUAAAGCCAAAGCUUCAAUUUUUCCUAGUAGCAAGUCUCAUCAUAGAAACUCAAGAACCUUAACGUCACUAGCAUUGGCUGCACAUGUUUCACCAUCUGAUACACCUCAACGAUCUGAGGAGUGGUUUGCCCUUCGUAAGGACAAGCUAACCACAAGCACUUUCAGCACUGCAUUGGGCUUUUGGAAAGGACAGCGUCGAAUGGAGCUUUGGCGCGAGAAGGUGUUUUCAUCAGAGGUCAAAAUUAUACAAGGUGCACAAAGAUUUGCUAUGGAUUGGGGUGUUCUCAAUGAAGCAGCAGCUAUAGAAAGUUACAAAAGCAUUACAGGCCGGGAGGUUGGUUCACUUGGAUUUGCAGUUCAUGCUGAGGAGCGAUUUGAUUGGGUUGGUGCCUCUCCUGAUGGUGUUAUUGAAUGCUCUCCGGAGGGCGGGAUUCUGGAAGUGAAAUGUCCUUAUAACAAGGGUAAGCCUGAGAUGGGAUUGCCUUGGUCCAAAAUGCCUUUCUAUUACAUGCCUCAAGUGCAGGGUCAAAUGGAGAUUAUGGAUAGAGAAUGGCUUGACUUGUACUGUUGGACCCCAAAUGGAAGCACAAUAUUUCGUGUGUGUAGGGACCGUAGUUAUUGGGAGUUAAUACAUGGGGUUUUGAGGGAGUUUUGGUGGGAAAAUGUAGUUCCAGCUAGGGAGGCUCUCUUGCUGGGCAGUGAAGAAGAGGCUGAGUCUUAUAAACCGAGUUCAACACACACAAAAACAGGGCUUGUGAUUCACAAAAGCUUAAAGUUAGCAGAUGAAUCAAAGUUAUUAUGUAGAGAGAUAGCAGGGCAUGUAGAAUUUUAUGGAUUGUAGCCGCAUGUUUUAUUUCCUCCAUUUGAUCAUUGAACUAUAUAGAAAUCGAUUUUCUAAUUAAUCAUAAAUUGAGUAUCAAAGGUUCCUUUCUUUUAUGGUGUC